UACAUCGCCCGUUAAAUUUAUGAGCUGAGCAGGUACAGUACUUAUGCAUAAAAAUAAUAAUACAUGGUGUGUUUGGGGCGGAUAUCGGCGCGGCAGAAAAGCCAGGACUCAGGACACACACAAGCGCCGGGGCAUGUCUGGCGUGAUGGAACAAUCAUGAUUUCCUCUUUCCUUUAGUCGUAGAAGAUUUACCUUCUACUGGUUCUAGAGAUCGUCGGCAUUUAUCGUCACAUCAGGUCCUACAAUGGCUACCCUAGGCAGUUACCUCCAGCCGUCCACAUGGCAGCUCGAGUGGGUAUGCCACGGGGUGGACCCAAAAUUCCCCGGCAAUGGGGGGCCUGAGUGCGCCCGGUUCCUGGACCCUGUCCAGCGUCUCCUAGAGACGGUCCUGGUAUUGACCGUCUGCUUCGUGGAGAUGCGGCUGACCUGGCCCCGGCUGGACCUGCCGCCCAGCGUGCUGGAGGCCGUGGAGCGUCACCGGCGGUCGGGCCGGGGGGAGGCAGGCAAACGGGUGCUGCUGGUGGUGCUUUGCCUGGUGUUUGGAGUGGAGCUGGGUCUGAAAUUUGCCACAAAGACUUUCAUCUACAUGAUGAACCCUUGCCAUGUACUUACUCUUGUACAGAUUUAUCUUUUAGCUGUUCCUCCCAGCAAGACGGCAUUAAUAGUUUUCCGGGCCCACAUGUCUGCCCUCAGUGGGCCAUUCCUAGCGAUAAUCUUUCCUGUUCUCAACACCAGACUUUUACCAUGUGAACCGGAGCUGUACUGGGUUCAACACGUUCUAAUCUAUCUCAUCAUACCCCCGUACCUCAUGAGUCUUGGAGGUGCUUAUACUUGUGAGCCAUUGUCCAACUUUUCCUGGGUCAUUUUCAUGACGGGAGCCCAGUUCAUCUACCAUUUUAUUCCCCUUCAAGGCAUGGCAUUGCUGCUGCACGUCAACUUGAACAACAUGCUCUGUCCCGCACCAAGCGACCCCUUCUGCAGCUCCUGGUAUCGCAUGUUUGCCCUGGUCCACCAGCAUCUCCUGCUCCCCGUCCACCUGAAACUCUACACCCUGGUGAUGAGGUUGAUUCUCCCUGUGAACCCCGACCCCAUCAACGGCGACGUCAUCAAGAAAUCUCACUAGGUGUGUGUGUACAUUUGUUUGUGCAGGCUGAGGUGACCUUUUACCAAAUCUGACAAACGUUCAAAACAUGGUUCCUCUCAUCAGGGGCUCUUUGUGCUAAUUGCUUGGGCAUGAAUUGCAGAAGUAGGCCAGUAAAUAGGCCCAAAAUAAUCACCACCAUCCAAAUCGUGAUUAUUAGGCCUUAACAUUCUUUGUCAUUUAUAGGUCUUACGGCCCACAAUCUCGAGCAGUUGUCUAUAGAAAGUGUGGAACUUUGAAUAAGACUGUGAACUCCAAUUUCUGAGAAAUUUGGACAGAGUCAAUCCUAAAGGAACUAUAAUUUCCAUUAGGGUCAGUCACUUCCUGCAUUGCCACCUGCUAUGUGUAGCACUGCCAAGAACUUCGGUGUUUUGUUGGAAUGACAAAUUCUUUUUGUGGGACACUAUUCACCAAAAAUUAUUAGAUUCACCAUAAAUGAGACAGUGAUGGAAUGAAAUUUAAUGCCAUGUGUCUCAGCGACCUCGGAGAAGUGUACUUUUCCUGUAUUUUUAAGAAGUGAAGGUUGUCUGUGGCAGUCUACUGAUUGGUCUGCUUUGUCACAUUUUAGAGACAUGGCGUACCAAAACUGGUUUGCUCGCAGCAUGGUUCUGCCUUGCAUGGGUUAAGUUGAAUGCAUGCAGUCCACGAAUACUUGCGUACUAGGAAUGCACCCCGCUGGUAAACUUUUAGUGCUGAUGCAUGGAAUCAGUAACUGCUUUGUUGUCUAAGUGCAUGCAUCUUGGAUUGGGGUGAUGUCAUUGUUGUAAGGCAUCCUGCCCAAGGACACAAAUUGUUCUCAUCCCUGCCUGGUUCCAGACUUGCAUUCAGCUGUUUCUCCUCGGCUCGUAGUGUUCAGAGAGCUCCAGAUGGUAGUCAGCAAUAGGUAACAAGUUGGAAAUCUGUGUGUGAUGCAAAAUUUGGCCCACUGAGUCGGCAAAACAGUGUGUACAGAACACUGCCGAAACAUUUCAAUUUGGUAUAGUCCCCCAUUUGUAGUUUGGAUGUUUUAGCUCGACGGGCAAGUUUUUAUUUCCAUGUACACAUCAUUAGAUUGUUCUUAUAUGUGUACUUUAUCAGAGAAAUAAAGAAAGACAUAAUUAUAUUGUGGCCACGUGUUGACAUGGUUGACCCAAUGCAAAGCAUUGAUGUAAAGCAGUUACAUUCCACUCUUUGUUGUGUAGUUUGAUACAAAUUUGCAUAGUUUGUAAAAGUCAUAGAUAUGUCUGGCAAUGUUAUGAUCACGUUUCUCGACCAGAUCUAGUGGUCUCCAACAAUGGGAAACACUUCUGAGACACUUGGGGGCAGCAAACCUACUGGUCCUACAGAUACGUGACCGCUCUACUAUUGUUUGCGUCUGGUUUGGGCUAAUCUGAUGUGGGCAUGCUCAAACUGACGCUAACAUUGGUUGACCAGACGGUCACUCAGGACCAGUGUGUUUGCCUUCACCAAGCAUCUCAAAGAGUCUCCAGUUGGCAAAUGCUACAGAGGUUUUCCAGUUCUGUUACUGGAACAUCCAAAUAACUUUCUUUCAUGUAAGUAUGAGUAAGUUUUUCUUAACAUAACUUUGAAAAAAUUCUCCUUUUUUGUCUCAGAUGAUCAUCCAUGUUGUAUAAAUCACUAGUACAUUCUACCCUACAUAGGGGUUCUCAUUUCUUUUAGUUACUUUCAAAGGCAAAGUGGUACAUAGAAUAACAAGAAUAUUCUUGUUUUAUUUUGUAUUAAUAGCAGAAUUUAUUAACGGUCAGAGGAAGUACAGUAUUAUGCGGAUGUUUGCCCAGUGGUUUUUCAGACAAUCAGUAAUAUUGAAGUCAAGCCUAGAUCUCGAACGUACAGACAACACAUUGGUGACAGUGUAAAACUGAACAGGUUUUCAAGACUUAACAGUACAGAGUGUACUUACCACCAAAGAUCGUAGAGCACCGCAAAGCGGCGCAAGAUGGCGAACUUCACCGUGAAUACAAGUAAAAUGUUGUAAUCGCAUGGGCGCCAUUUGAGCAAGCGAUACGCGUGUGCAAUUCAUAUUAAUGCACAGGCGCCGCGGCAGGCACGUGCACCUGGGGAGCCUGCGCCCAAACAUUACCGUAAAAUGCGCAGGCGUAUCGCUUGCUCAAAUGCGCCCACGAUAAUUACAUCUUUUGGGCAGAGUUAUCCAUCUUGCGCCUUUGGCGCUAUAUGAUCUUUGCUUACCACCAUGUCCAGUUGGCCAUUGGCAGUAUUCAGUUCUUGCUACGCAAGCAGAAGGCUCGACUUCAUGAUCACAGCGUUGGUCGAAUAAUUAUAUCGCCUUAAGAAGUACACAAAAAAUUGCCUGCAAGUAUCUCGUUGUUGUUAUUUGUGCUACGGAGAAACGGUUACUAAUUGUGAUAAGCCAGGAUUAACAAUUUUGACAUAGCAGACUAUCGACCAAUCAGAACUGGUCACCCCUUUGAGAACAGGGAUCUAGUGGUAAUUACAGAUGAGCAUUCUGUUGGCAUGGUGAGAAAUCUUGGGAUAUGAAUAUUCAUCAUUUCUCUGAUUGGCUGCCAGUUAUUAUUCCACCUCCAUUAGCAGGAAAUGUGGCUUAUAUUUCACAGAGCCACCGAACACAAACAGACAAAUCGCUUAGCAUUUAUUACUUGCUUAGCAAAAAGUAGCAGUAAACCAGUCAUGUUGCAUGUGGUGACAUUUUUACUAGAAACCUGUGUCUGCUAAGCUCAUUUUUCCUGUGCUAAAGCAAAUUUGUGUGCUUGGCAGCUCUGUGAAAUUCGGCUCAGAAUUGGGACAACUGUCAUGUGUGUGUGUUUUCAUUGUAUUGAAUAAUUAAUCGGAUGCAAAGGUUGUAGAUUUGCUAAAAUUGUGUAAAUCAAAGGUAAUUAUAAAUAUGUACAAUUUUUAAUGGUUAAGAUUUUCAUACAACAGUAAGUUGCCACUUACCUGUCUGUCAAAUCUCAUACACACAAAACUUACAUGUGUUUACUCUUCACGUUUUAUGAUUGAAUUGUUUCAUUGCAUCGUAUACCUCCAAGGCUUUGAACUUUUAACACUUAAACUUUGCUGUCUAUUUCAACAUUUGGCGAGGUACAUUACUCUUCUUUUUUUUCACUUGAAAAGAUCUGAAAUCAAUACUUCAGGCUAAAUUACAUCUUGUCACUGAAUGUUUUGCUGGUCACAGAUGUUACCAGGUUUACAUAAGGACUGUUAGUUUUCAUUCGGUGUAAAUUUACCAACUGUGCUCUUUAACUCACUUGUUUUUAGGCUACAAAGAUUGGCUUCAAAGAAUGGCUACAUGCACUGUUUGGCAUGCACGAGGGUUUAUCCACUACGGACACAGGGCGAGGGCUCCCCUCAUUUCCUCUGUUUCCUUAGAAUGACGCAAUCUACAUUCAGCAUGUUCAGAAUUCGCAUCUUGGCAUGAACAGAAAAAAAACCUUUUGCUUGUUAUAGUUGAGCUCUGAAGACACAUGAAACUGCGUUUGAUUUGUAUGCUUCCAUAUUUAUUCGAACAGAUAAAAUCAGAAAAAACGUGUUUUCCUUUGAGUUGCUCUUUAACAGAUGGAUGUACCUGCAAAGUGGUCAUUCCGGUUCUUUGUAAAAUGUAACAUUGAUCUGUGAAUAGAAAGUCUCUCUUUUCUUUCCGUAAUUUACAGUUUCAUACAGUCACUGGAAUAUAUAUAUAAAUGUACAUACGGACUGAUAGGAAGAAAACUGUUACUUCACCAUAGCAUGUUACACUUUGAAGUCUUGAUAUACCAUUGGAAGUGUUUUAGUGUUCAUUUUUUUUAACCAAAACUUUAAACACCAAGCAUGGGUUGAAAUAUGUUUCCCAGUAUGUGUUAGAUUCUCACAUUCUCAGUGAGUAAAACUUAUUUUGACUGUGCCAUUUUUCAAUGUCACAAUCACAGUUUCAACAGUUUGAUGGGAAGACCCUUCAGUACAUGCAGGUCAGUUGUAUCCAGAUGUGGCCGUAAACUCGAUGAGACAUUAAACUUUCUAUUUGUGACCUGCUCCACAAAAAAGGGUAAUAAGUCGUGCAAUGCCAAAACACGUAAUGGCCUGUUCUCUUUGGAGAAGGCAAAAUGUCUUCA